CUUUUCGCUCUCUGCAGUUGCAUUGCAGAUAUUACCACCCGCGGCACGUAUCAGACAGGUGGAGCGGACCAUCGAAUCCUUCUACUGGCAUCUGGGGUCCGAAUUCCAGCACCACAAUCCUUCCAGCUACGGGGGGUAUAACAGAGGAGCCUAAUCUCCUGUUGAAGUUGAAUGGCUGAUAGGAACGAUGGAUUUCCGCUGCGUCUAGGGAGUGUAAGAACCCGCCCAUCCACCCAGACACCGCCUCCAAGCGCAAAACCAACCCACCGAGUCGAAGGGAGCGUCUCGAACACGGCCUCACAGCAGCCACCAUGCACCUCCCACAAACCCUCCUCCCAGCAUGCAUAGCAAGCCUCCUCCUGCUCGCCCACCCAACCCAAGCCGGCGCAGCCUUCAAAAACCUAGGCACUAACAAAGGCUGGGACGGCGCAAACGAAGAAAACAAGGGCACCGUGGAAGUCGACACCAAAAUCUUCUACAGCGAGCCAAGCUCUCUCAAAAUGACGCAAGUCUUCGACCCAGACUACGACGGGCGGUACCACUCAGAGGUAUACAAGGAAGACGUCUACAAGCUGGGCGACUCGGGCGCAUACGGCUUCCGCUUCCGACUAGACGAGUCGUGGGACUUCGCCGACGACCAGUCUUACAACCUGGCGCAGUUCAUCGCGGACUUCAAAGGCUCGGGCUGCGACGACUACGUGCCGACGACGAUGGUCGGGCUGAAGGGGAGCAGGCUUUACACGCGUCUUAAGAUGGGCAGUGCCUGUGAUUCGGACCUCAAGAGCUUUGAUGACUUACCUGAGGUGACUGCUGGCGAGUGGCACCAGGUUGUUCUGCUGGCGGACUGGCGCAAUGAUGAUACUGGGUCCUAUGUGGUGUGGUAUGAUGGGAAGAAGGUGGUGGAUGAGCGGAAUCUCGCUACGACUGUUGAUGAGAAGGAGGCGUUUCAGUUCCGGGUCGGCCUGUAUGCGAAUGGGUGGCAUGACGAUAAGGGGAUGAAGGGGUCGCAGGGUACGAGGACCGUUUGGUAUGAUGAUAUUGCUGUGGGUUCGACCAUUCAGGAUGUGAGUUCGAAUGGCUUGGAUGGCUCGAACGGCUCGAACAGUUCGGGUGGUUCAAAUGGCCGCAAGGGUACUUGUACUCCUCGUCGUAGGCAGCGGAGGUCCAACAAGGCGAAACGUUCCAAGAACCGUCGUUCUUCGGGAUAGUUAGAUUGAUGAGUUGGUUAUUUUGAGGAUGGGUUGACGCUGUCUGUGAUUAUGUUGGAAUGAUUGAAAUAUGACUGCAAUAUCAGUA